UCCUGCCGAAGCACGCACUCAGUGAGUCAUAGAGAAAGAGUGACAAGGAGUGGAGGAGCAUAGAGGGGAAGACACGAGAGAGAUGGAAAUGGAGAGGAGAUCAGUAGUGUAUGAUUCUGAAGGAGGUGAUGAUCAUGAGAGGCAAGGGACGGUGUGGACGGCGACGUCGCACAUCGUGGCGGCGGUGGUCGGCUCCGGCGUGCUGGCACUGGCGUGGACGGUGGCGCAGCUGGGGUGGGUGGUGGGCCCACUCGUCCUCUUGGGCUUCUCCUGCGUUACCUACUACACCUCUACCCUCCUGGCCAACUGCUACCGCUACCCGGACCCCGUCUCCGGCGCCGUCAACCGGGAGUACAUCGACGCCGUCCGGUGCUACCUCGGCCGGAAGAACGUGCUGCUCUGCGGGUGCGCGCAGUACGUGAACCUGUGGGGCACGCUUGUGGGCUAUACCAUCACGGCAAGCACCAGCAUGGUCGCGGUGAAGCGAGUCAACUGCUUCCACCGGUCGGGUUUCAGCACGACGGGAUGCAACUCGUCGGGGAGCACGUACAUGGUGCUGUUCGGCCUAAUGCAGCUGCUGCUCUCCCAGCUUCCCAGCCUCCACAACAUCGCCUGGCUCUCCGUCGUCGCCGUCGCCACCUCCUUCGGCUACUCCUUCAUCAGCCUCGGCCUCUGCGCCGCCAAGUGGGCCUCCCAUGGCGACGUGCGCGGCACCCUCGCCGGCGCCAGCGUCGACGCGCCCCGUGACAAGGCCUUCAACGUCCUCCUGGCCCUCGGCAACAUCGCCUUCUCCUACACCUUCGCCGACGUGCUCAUCGAGAUCCAGGACACUCUCAAAUCUCCUCCCGCGGAGAACAAGACCAUGAAGCGCGCGUCGCUCUACGGCCUCAGCAUGACCACCGUCUUCUACCUCCUCCUGGGCUGCACCGGCUACGCCGCCUUCGGCAACGAUGCCCCCGGGAACAUCCUCACGGGUCUGGCCUUCUACGAGCCCUACUGGCUCGUCGACGUCGCCAACGUGUGCGUCAUCGUGCACCUCGCGGGCGCCUACCAGGUGUUCGCUCAGCCCAUCUUCGCGAGGCUGGAGAGCUACGUGGCGUGCCGGUGGCCGGACGCCAAGAUCAUCAACGCCACCUACUAUGUGCGCGUGCCGGGCCGGCCGUCUUCGUCGGUGCCGGUGGCGCCGCUCAAGCUGGUGUUGCGCACCGUCAUCAUCAUGUUCACCACGCUGGUGGCGAUGCUGCUGCCCUUUUUCAACGCCGUGCUGGGGCUCAUCGGCGCGCUAGGCUUCUGGCCGCUGUCCGUCUACUUCCCUGUCAGCAUGCAUAUCGCGAGACUCAAGAUCAGGCGCGGCGAGGGGCGGUGGUACUGGCUGCAGGCCAUGAGCUUCGUCUGCCUCCUCAUCUCCCUCGCCGCAAGCAUCGGGUCCGUGCAGGACAUCGUGCACAACCUCAAGACCGCCACCCCCUUCUAGAAUGUCGACUGAUAAUUAACGAGUACUCCAUAUUUGUAGUCGACGGAUUAUUAACUCGACUGAUCUGAGGGACCCAUGCAAAGGUGGCCUCACUUCUCCUUUUUGGCGUUAAUUUGAUUGAUCGAUCGAUCGAUCGAUCAAGUGCAUCCUUUUUUCUUGCUGUUGAUUCCAACUUUGCAAUAGUACCUACGUAGCUUGCAAUUGUCCUA